AUGUCUUUCCAAGACCGCACUCCCGAGUCGCUCGUUCAGAGAUCAGACUCGAAGAACCCGGCAACAACAUGUCGUGGCAUAACAUCAGGUGGAAAGCCAUGUAGGAGGUCACUUGCUGCCUCGCCCAAGUCUUCACCCAAGUCUCCGCCGGCUGCUGCUCGUCACACUGCCUCGAGAGGCGUCGUUGCUGUCCUCCAAGACGACGAUGGAAAUCUGGAUGCGGCCGCUUUUUACUGCUGGCAACACAAGGAUCAAGCCCAAUCAUUUGCUCAGAAGCAUUCAACUUCGCCGCAUGCUGUGAAUGCAACAUUGCUACCGGUUCAAGAAAGGACGAGUAUCGAUAGUCUGGUCGCCAGGUUGGGAGUUGCAUCCAUCCAGGAUCCGCCAAAGCCUGCAAAGAACCCUCGUGAGGACCGCAGACGACCAGCGCAAUAUCAUCAACAAUACUCGAGACCGGACGCACGACCAUCAACAAGACCACAAGCUUACACAAGGCCCAAGCCGAGGCAAGGAUUCUGGGCAUCAUUGUGUUGUAUAGGUGCGGCAGACGAUGACGAAGACACCGUACGGCCCAAUGUCCCUUCCACAUCCAUCAACAAACGCAGAGCAUCCUCCGCACCUACUAGUACUAUUGAACUUCUCCCCUUCAUCCCUGGCCACCUUCCACCCCAAACUGCCUCUCUUCUGCUCACCGAGCUUGCCAAACCAAUCUCACCUCACGACGAAGCGGGCUACAUCUAUAUAUUCUGGCUGACCGAGACAUCUUCGACACCUUCAAACGACACCGCAGCCUCACUACUCUCCACCACAGUAUCAUCCUCACGAGGGCAAAGGCGACCCAGCGAUGUGAUGAGCGCAUACACCGCAAGCAAAGGGGCCACCAGGACAAUCAAACUGAAGAUUGGCAGAGCGAACAAUGUACAUCGCCGCAUGAACGAGUGGAACAGACAAUGCGGCUACAACCUCAGUCUCGUUCGAUUCUAUCCCUACAUCUCUUCGUCUUCUCCAUCACCUUCACCCUCACGAGGGACAACCGCCAACAACUCGAAUCAACAAGUCCACAAAGUGCCUCAUGCACACCGGGUCGAGAGACUGGUGCACCUUGAAUUGGGAGACAAGAGGAUAAAACGUGAUUGCAAGGCUUGUGGCCGUGAACACAAGGAAUGGUUUGAGAUUGAGGCGACGGCAGAAGGCGUGGCUGCUGUGGAUGAGGUGGUCAGGAGAUGGGUAAGAUGGGCAGAGACAAAUCCAUAG